UUUGCGGUUUCUGUCCACGUCACAUGUUUUGAUUCAUGCUGUAAACACGGAAGUCUGUGAUAGUUUCUUACAAGCAUUAGCUAAUAAAUAAUUAUGACUUCAAGAAGAUGUAGUGAAGACUUGAUUUUGUCACGUGAGAUGCUUUGUGCGUGAAUUCCGGAUUUGUGAAGCAUAUGAGAGUGCUGUGACCUGCAAAGCCUGAUCUUGGGCUUCCUGAUUCUUGGAAUGCUGGAUGCCACCCCUGGCAUGUCCAAUGCUAUCUCAGCUGAGAUGGAGUACAGCAUUUACCACACCUGGGACAGCUUACCUGUCAAUCAUGAUCCAGUAAAGAUUAGAUUCUCCCCUGGUGAAGGUGGUUUACGGAUGCAAGUGGAAGCCCCCUUCUUCAAUGAUCCAACAGCUCCCCCAGGUCCCCCUGGACCUUUCCCUGGAUUGUGGGAUUUUGAAGUGGUGGAAUCAUUCUUUUUGAACAGUCUCAAUGAGAAGUACCUUGAAGUGGAAGUGUGCCCACACGGCCAGCAUCUGAUUCUUUUGCUGUCUGGGAAGCACAAUGCAUUCGCGCAACAACUGCCACUGGAAUUCAAUGCCACAAUCAGUGGGGAUAAAUGGACGGGUGAAGCACUCCUGCCAUGGAGGUAUUUCCCACCAGGCGUGGACAAAAUGAACUCCUAUGCCAUCCAUGGCUCAGGAGCAUCGAGGGUCUAUGAAGCUUUGUAUCCGGUACCCAGGGAAGAUCUUGUGCCGGGACAAGGUCCUGACUUCCAUCGACUUGAAUACUUCCAGCCCUUCACCUUGCAGAGUAUCAUGGGCGACGAAUGGGUGCAGCCUGAAUCUGACCUUUGGCAGGGGCACAAACAGACUAAUAACUGAAGCCUUUGUGGCAUGUUCAGUUCAAAGGGCUAAUCAUGUAUUGCAUUAUUGGUAACUGUGUUAUCUGCUAUGUAAUGAUAAUAAAUUUGGUUAAUAUCACA